AUGAAGCUAGAGGAGCUCAUCAUUGAUGGCUUCAAAUCAUAUGCGACUCGUACUGUCAUUUCAAACUGGGACUCCCAGUUUAAUUGCAUUACGGGUCUUAAUGGUUCCGGCAAGUCUAAUAUUCUCGAUGCUAUUUGCUUUGUUCUUGGAAUCACCUCUAUGAGCACCAUGCGUGCACAAAACCUUCAAGACUUGAUUUACAAGCGCGGCCAAGCAGGUGUCACAAAAGCUUCUGUAACUAUUGUUUUUGACAAUUCAGACAAGACAACAAGUCCCUUAAACUUUCAAGACAGCUUAACAAUCAGUGUAACUCGUCAAAUCGUUAUGGGUGGCACUUCCAAGUACCUCAUCAACGGUCACCGUGCACAACAAAAUUCUGUCCAAGAGCUUUUCCAGUCUGUUCAACUUAACAUCAACAACCCUAACUUUUUAAUUAUGCAAGGAAAAAUCACAAAGGUCUUAAACAUGAAACCAGCUGAAAUUUUGAACCAAAUUGAAGAGGCAGCCGGCACAAAAAUGUUUGAAGAUAGAAGAGAAAGAGCAAUUAAAACCAUGGCCAAAAAGGAAAGGAAACUUACUGAGAGUACCGAUCUACUGAAAGAUGAAAUUAUACCCAAACUUAACAAACUCAGACGAGAAAAACUUGAAGUUAUUGAGUACGAAAAAACUGUUUUGGACCUGGAAAAUAAAACCAAUAUUAUUGUCAGCUACGACUACGACCACAUUAAGCAGAAUCUAGAAAAACAAUCGGAAACCUUACGCUCUAGACAGUCACAUUUAUCUGCUUUAGAAAAUCUAGUUCCAAAAUCAAGGUCUGAAAUACAAAGUCUAAAUCAGCAAAUUUCCGAAAUUAAGGCCAAGCGAGAAAGAGAUUUACUUUCUGGUGCCGAAGGCGGUGGGGGAUCUCUUAAACAACUCGAGCAAAAAUGCAAAGACUUGUCUCAGGAGUCGGCUCGUAUAAAAACUCUAAGCGAGAUUAAACAAGCAAGCUUAAAAGAGGCUCGCCAAACUUUCAAACGACUGGCGUCAACUCUUGGGGAUUUCGAAUCUCGCGUUUCUGAUCGUAGCGGUCUUUUAUCAAAAUUGGAAAAAAAUCACAACGAAGCUAAGGAAGAAUAUCAGAUUGCAGCCAAGGAAAAGGAAAAAAAGGAAGAGCUACUUCAGUCUUUGCAAACUGGUGUGGCGUCAAAGGAGGGUCAAGAAUCUGGAUACAAUAAUGAAAUCCAACAAGUCCGAAACAGCAUUGCUGUAGCUAACACGUCCAAGGCCAAGUAUGAAGCACGGUUAGAAUCGCUGCGCCAUGAGAUUGAACGUGACCGGAAUAAAGUGUCAAACGCCCAAGUGCAAAUAGAGCUUUCGAAAAAAGAACUGGAGACAUUUAAGAAACAGCAAGAAGCAAUAUCAGACAAUAUGGCCAAAUCUGGGUUUGUUCCUGAGCGCUUGAAUGAACUUACCAUAAAGGAGCGCGAAUUGGACUCGCAACUUCGUGAUCUUACUCACAAGAUUGAUAUUGCUAAAAAAAAGUUUUCCAAUAUUGACUUUAAGUACAAUAUGUCUCCAAACGUCAACUUUGAUCCUGAUGGUGUUAAGGGUGUUGUUGCACAGCUUUUUACAGUUGACGAAAAAAACUAUGAUAAAACGACAGCUUUAGAAGUCUGCGCAGGCGGCAGACUCUACCAAGUGGUUGUUGACACUGAUUCUACAGCAUCCCAGCUUUUGAAGUAUGGCAAUUUAAGACAUCGAGUUACCAUUAUUCCUCUCAACAAGGUAAACUCGCCAGCUUUUUUGAAAGUGGCCGAAAAACUUAAUGCCGCUAAAAAUCUUGCACCAGGAAAAGUUAAUUUAGCUUUGGAUUUGAUUGGUUAUCAAAAAGAUGUGGAAAAGGCUAUGCAGUAUGUGUUUGGAGGCACUUUGGUUUGCUCAGAUAGCGAAGCGGCAAAGCUGGUGGCUUUUAAUCCUCAGGUUCGUGUGACAACAGUUACUUUGGAUGGCGACGUCUAUGAUCCAAACGGCACUUUAUCUGGCGGCAGUCAACGUAACAGCAAUCGCGGGGACGGCAAUUCUGCAAACAGCGACGAGAUUGGGCCAAACGAUGGGCUUUUAGUCUCUCUCCAAAAGAUUCACAAAAUGAUAAGCCGGCAAAAGCAUUUACAGAACGACUUGGAGGUUCUCAAAAACCAGAUCAGAAAGGAAACGGCGCUGUCAAAUCAGUGCCGUGCACUCAAAAAGGAAUAUGAUUUAAAGCAACACGAAAUCACACUGACUGAAAAAAAACUUCAGGAAGGACCCUUUGCACGGGUUUUACAGUUGUGUGAGGAGCGCCAGACCCAGAUAAAGAAUUUGGAGGAGGAGAUUGUUCACGUUGAAAAAACAAUCAGCGAAGGUGCCGUGGAAAUCAAGCGGAUAGAGCAGGAGAUGAAAGAAUUUGACAGCAAUAAGAGUGGGAAAUUGGACGAACUUCAACAAUUAGUUGCAAAACUUCAAAGAAAUGCAGCGGAGAAGCUCAUUAUUGUUCAAGAAAAGCAAAAGUUGCUCCAAAACGCCCAGAUUGAGAACGAACAAACCAGCAGUGACUUUGAAAACUUAAAAGAAGAAAGAGAUCGCGCUCAAAAGACAGUUGAAGAACUUGAACCUGAAGUUAAGGAACUAGAAAAGCAAUACAAACUGGUUUUUUCCAAGGAAGAGACCUACCGUGAACGACUGGAUCUGGAAAAGACACGGCUGAUGGGCCUUGAUGAGGAGCUUACAGCGUUGGAAAAAACCUUAACUAUAAAAACCAAAUUCUUAUCAGAAAACACUCACAAGAUUCAAAAAAUUAAUCAUGAGACGGAUAACAUAAAGGAGGAAAUUGACAAGUAUAAUGCUAUUCUCCAUCGGCUUAAAUCAGAGCAUCCUUGGAUCAUGGAGCACCACCAAAAUUUUGGCAAGCCAGGUACACCAUAUGACUAUAAUAGUGAGAUCGACAAUAUUACUCAUAUUCGAAUGGAGAUUGCAAAGUUAAAAGAACGUGCAAAGUCAAUGAAGCAACACCACAACUCUACAGUUCGAAAUGUUAUUGAUACCAUGGAGAAAAAAGAAGAGGAGUUAAAGAAGAUGAUUCGUACUCUUGAAAAAGACAAGUCCAAGAUUGAAACGACAAUUGUUCAGCUAGAUGAAUACAAGAAAAAGAAGUUGGAAGAGACUUGGGUUAAAGUUUCUCGGGACUUGGGGAAAAUCUUUGGAGAAUUACUUCCAGGAAAUUCCUCCAAGUUGGUACCUCUUGAAGGCAAAGAGGUAUCUGAUGGUCUGGAAAUCAAGGUCCAACUGGGUGGUGUUUGGAAAGAAAGCUUGUCAGAAUUGAGCGGUGGCCAGCGGUCAUUGGUGGCGCUUGCUCUUAUUAUGGCACUGCUCCAAUUCAAACCUGCGCCAAUGUACAUUUUGGACGAAGUUGAUGCUGCAUUAGAUUUAAACCACACACAGAAUAUUGGUCAAUUGAUUAAAACUCGAUUCCAUGGCUCUCAGUUUAUUGUGGUUAGUCUCAAGGAAGGCAUGUUUACUAACGCUAACCGCGUUUUCCGAACACGCUUUACUGAAGGCACAAGUACAGUAUCAGUGGAAAUUUCGUCGGGACUUUUAACGGACGGAACUCCGUCAAUUUUUGGCGAUGUCGACUUAUCUAUGACCAACUCUUCUUGCGAAUCUGGACCAUGGUGGGUUUAUGACGACCUAGCUCCUUGUUAUCGUCACAGGUUCACACAGCUUUAUCCCUUUGUAACUUUGACUGUCAUUUCGGCAUUGAUUCUUGUUUUAAAAACUUAUAAAUUUCUUCGUAGUUCCAGGGCAAAGUAUUCGCGCAGGCUUUUUACUCCAGUCAUAGACUCGGAACGCCAGCCACUCUUAUCACUAAAUGACCAUCUACCCCAUUACGUUGAGACGUCAAAUUCCAAUCACAAAGAAUUAGAAUAUUUUCAAGAGACGUGUUCGCUUAGUGACAUUAACCCUUCUUUUGAUCCGUCUUCAACACAAUCAUUUUCCAUUUCCAGAAACCGCGACACUGAAGUGACUUCUUUAUCAGAUACCGAAUCGUUAGAAGAAAAUUCUUCAACACUUUCGCCAAAUUCUUCCUCUGCUUCUUCUUUAAAUUCUCAAAAUGAUCAAAAGAAAUCAAAAAAAAGGAAUCUUACAGGUACUGUUUCUGCUGAAAAUAUUACCAUAAUCACCGUCACUCGCUCAACAGCUGAGUAUGUGCGGCUUGCUGUGGAGUUAGUUUGUAACUUAAGUCUUGCUACUUCAUCUAUUACUGCAUUUUUCAUUCCCUCGAUUUUUCAAGAAUGGUCAAGCCCCGCAGCUCUUGUAGCAAUUGCAACUUUUUGGACGUAUAGCUUGGCGCUCAUCUCUAUCCGUUUAUUUCUCAUUAGUAGAUCAAUUGUGCCUGCAGUACCUCUUUGGGCACACUCUACAACCAUCUAUUUGUUUUCAUUUCUCUUUUACUUGAUCACGUUUCGUUCCACCAUUUUACACCCCAUCUCUCACCAGUCUCAAAUAUUUAAUCUCGGACAGUCUUUUUUGGUUUUUACUUUAUUUUUAAACAACUUUACAGCAAGAAUUGGUGAUGCUCCAGCAAAGCUAUAUGCUCGGGGGUCGACAUUCCCUUCUAUCGAACCAAUUUCUAGUAUCUUCAGCAUCAUUUCUUAUUCUUGGAUCGACCCUAUCAUUUGGAUUGGCUACUUUAGACCAAUAACUGCCAAGGAUCUUUGGGAAUUAAAAGCUGACGACCAUUCAACUCAAAUCUUUGAAAACUGGGCCAGAGCCACAGCGGGUUCCCCAAUAUCAUCUUCUGAUGGAACAGUAAAAAAACACCGGCUAACUUGGAGUUUAUUUAAGUGUUUUUCAGAAAGUUUUAUCAGUUUGGUUACGAGCUCAUUUUUUCAUGCUCUUGUUUCUUUCUGUCCCCCUUUGCUUCUUAAAAUCAUCCUUGAGUAUGUCGAAAAUCCUACUGGUACACCUGCAAGUGUUAUUUGGCUUGCUGUUUUUUCUUUACUUUUCUGUGGGCUUUUUUCCAACAUGAUGAACAGUCGAUCGUUAUAUGUGGGACGUAGAUUGACAAUCAGAGUAAGAGCUAUUUUAAUCAAUGAAAUAUAUAAAAAAACUUUAAGACGGAGAGCCACUGUUGUCAAAACCAACAGACCAGAAGAAAAUGAAAAUACCGAAGAAGAUGAUACCGUUGAAGAUGAAUCUCAAGCAAACCACGGCGCUAUUAUUAACCUAAUGUCAGUUGAUAGCUUUGAGGUUUCAGAAGUUUGCGCCUUUUUUAAAGAUGUUUUUGAAGGUGUAUUUGUGACAGUGAUGAGCAUCUUUUUUUUGUAUUUGAUUAUCGGAUGGAGUUCUUUUAUUGGUGCUGGUGCAAUGAUUUUACUUAUGCCUAUUCAAUUUUAUUUAUCUCAUGCUUAUACCAAACUUCAAUCAAAAAUAAUGGCGACCACUGAUCGCCGCAUUGAAAAAGUAAACGAAGUACUACAAAGCAUUCAUAUUAUUAAAUUUUUUGCCUGGGAAAAAAAGUUUUCUGAAAGCAUCAUGGAGACUCGUCAAGAGGAGAUUCAAAAUCUUCGAGCACGCUACGUCCUUUGGUCAAAAGCAAUUUUGGCAUACUUUCUCACUCCAGUCAUUGUUACUGUGCUUGUUUUUGGGUCAUAUAUUUUUAUCCAAAAGCAUUUGCUUACAGCACCUGUUGCAUUUACCGCGUUAGCAUUGUUGAAUGUUAUGAAGGAUCCCAUUCAAGAUAUGUCUGAAGUAAUCACUGAAAUGUUGAAAGCCAAAGUUUCACUUGAUCGUAUUGAAGACUUUUUAAAUGAGAAGGAAACGUCAAAGUACUCUCAGCUGUAUGUCUUCCCAACUACUGGUUCCAAUGUUCGAAUUGGAUUUAAAAACGCUACAUUUUCUUGGCAAUCUUCUGAUGUUUCAAACACUUCUAAAACCGACUUUAAACUUCGUGAUAUCGAUUUUGAUUUUGACAUUGGAAAACUAAAUGUUAUUGUUGGUCCCACUGGCAGUGGCAAAACAUCUUUGCUUAUGGCUUUGUUAGGCGAAAUGGAGCUUGCUUCUGGCUCUCUUUAUCUUCCCGGGGGUUGUCUUCGUGAUGAAGUCGUACCGGAUCCUAUUACUGGGCUAGCUGAGACAGUUGCUUAUUGCGCCCAGUCUGCUUGGCUUUUGAAUGAUACAGUUCGCAAUAACAUUUUGUUUGGAAGUGAUUAUGAUUCUAAAAGAUUCAAUGCGGUAAUUGAUGCCUGCUCUCUUCGUCGUGAUUUGGAGAUUUUUGAUGGUGGUGAUCAAACUGAAAUUGGUGAGAAGGGAAUUACAUUAUCUGGUGGCCAAAAGCAACGCGUUUCACUUGCCCGCGCUUUCUACUCCAACUCUCGUCACCUGAUUCUUGAUGAUUGUUUAAGUGCUGUUGACUCGCACACCGCACUUUGGAUUUACCAACACUGUUUAACAGGUCCCUUGGCUUUGAAUCGUACCAUUAUUUUGGUUUCGCACAAUGUGGCAUUGACUAUUUCGCAAGCUUCCAAGGUCAUUGUUAUGGAUAAUGGUCGCGUCAAGUCCCAUGGGACUCCUAUUACUUUAUUAUCACAAGGCCACUUAGGUGACGAUGAGCUUACUAGUGCCUCCAUUACCCGUGAAGCUUCUUCUGUUAAUCUGAAUUCACAGAAUCAUUCUUUUACACCGUCUGUUUUGAAACAAGCCCAUAUUGUCCCUCAAACAUUAGGAAAAGAGGUUGAAAGACUUUUGAACAAGGAGCCCGAUUCAUCUAUUGUGGAGGAAGAGGAAGAGGAAGAGGAGGAAGAAGAAAACAGAAAAAAAAUUUCUGGGAAAUUAGGCAGUGAAGAGUCAAAACAAGAUGGAGGAGUUUCAACAAACAUUUACUUUACUUAUUUUAAGGCAAUGGGAGGAAAAUAUUUUUGGGCAUUUUUCAUUUCAAUAUAUUUAUUUCAGCCAGUUCUUGAUGUUGCAAAAUCUUGGUGGAUCAAGAUUUGGACUCAGGCAAUUACAGAAAACGCUCUCGAUGUUAUUAGCCUUUCACAAAUCAACAAAAUUAUGCCGGUUUUUCAUUGGCAUUUUUCAUUUUUUAAUUUAGUUUCUGGUGUUCAGAGCCUCAAUGAAAAAACACAUGGCUCCCUUUACUACAUGGUCAUGUAUGUUAUUCUUAAUUUUGUUUUUGCAACAUUCACUACAUUUACUUCAUUAGUCAGUUUUUUCGGAAGUAUUAAGGCAUCUUCUAUUCUUUUCAAACGAUUAUUAGACAAUGUUUUAGAGUCCAAAAUUCGGUUUUUUGACUCUACACCUAUUGGAAGAAUUAUGAAUAGAUUUUCAAAGGAUAUGGAGGACUUGGAUCAAGAAUUGCCAAGUUCGGCUUCAACGUUUGUUGAAUUGAUUUUAAACACAUUUGCGAUUAUUUUGCUCAUUGUCUACAUUACCCCAGAAUUUCUUAUUUUCUGUAUUUUAAUCCUGGCUCUUUACUGGUUUAUUGGAGUUUUUUACCUAUCUGCUUCUCGUGAAAUCAAGCGUCUUGAUUCAAUCUCACGUUCUCCAAUUUUUCAACAUUUUGGCGAAACUCUUUCUGGUGUUUCUACGAUCCGUGCUUAUGGAGUCAAUAAUCGUUUCAUAUCUGAAAAUUUUUUAAAGGUGGACAAUAGCAACAGAGUUUUGUUUUGUUUAUGGACAUCAAACAGAUGGUUUUCAUUUCGCACUGAGAUGGCUGGUUCCCUUGUUUCCUUUUGCUCGGCUGCCAUGAUUAUCCUUAAUGCCAAACGGUUGAAUUCUGGUCUUGCGGGUUUGUCACUCUCCUAUGCCCUUACAUUUAACGAGCACAUCAGAUUAAUUAUUCGAACUUAUUCUUCUUUGGAAAUAAAUAUGAACUCUGUUGAGCGGUUGCUUGAGUACAUGAAUAUUGAUAAAGAAGCACCUGCAGUGAUUGAAAGCUCUCGCCCCCCUAAAAACUGGCCUAACAGAGGCGAAAUUGAAGUCAAGAAUCUGUCGUUGAGAUAUGCUCCUGAACUUCCCUUGGUUAUUAAAAACGUAACCUUUAGUGUGCCUUCAUUCAGUAAAAUUGGUAUUGUGGGGCGCACGGGUGCCGGAAAAUCCACUAUCAUUACUGCUUUUUUUAGAUUUUUGGAAGCGGAGACUGGCUACAUUAAGAUUGAUGGUAUUGACAUUUCUAAAAUUGGUAUUCGAGAUUUGCGUCAGAAUAUUGCUAUUAUUCCUCAAGAGCCGACACUUUUUCAAGGAACAAUCAGAUUCAAUCUGGAUCCGUUUGAUCAGUAUUCAGAUGAAGAAAUUUUUGAAGCCCUUCGACGUGUGCAUUUAAUCAAGCCCAAAGAGUUUUCUGGAUCUGGACAUGUUUCCAAUAGAAAGGGAAAGUUAAUUUCCGGAAGCCAGGAUGAGUCAAGAAACACGGCACUUAACAGUGCUAUCUCUUCAUCUAUUUCUUUGGCUAGAGAAGUUGACGGCGAGAAUAUUAAUUUAUUUCAAGAUUUGAGUACUGUUGUAGCUGAAGGAGGAUCUAAUCUCUCACAGGGGCAACGGCAGCUCAUGUGUUUGGCUCGCUCAUUGCUCAAAUCCCCCAAAGUAUUGCUUUUGGACGAGGCCACGGCAUCGAUUGACUAUGAAAGUGAUGCCCAGAUUCAAAAGACGAUUCGAGCCGAGUUUUCUCAGACUACCAUUAUCACAAUAGCUCAUCGUUUGCGGUCGAUUGCCGACUACGACAGAAUUCUGGUUAUGGACAGUGGUUGUGCAGUUGAGUACGAUCAUCCGCAUGUUCUUUUGCAGAACCCGGGAUCCGUCUUUUAUUCCAUGUGUGCCAACUCGGGCGAACUCGAGACUUUACUGACUAUCGCCCGGGUAGCGUUUGAGCAGAGGGCCUAA